AAUUAAAAAUAAUCUUUCGGAAAGUUUAAUCACUAAAAUCUUCAAAAUUCUAAAAAGCAACGAGUUUCAAUUUUAACGACAUUAAUUAACCAAAUUACCAAAAAAAAAUAAAUAAAUCAAAUUAUAUCAAGAUGACGGCCCAGUUACCCAAACGAGAAUUUUCCUUAGUUCCAAAAAUAGUCAAUGGCGGUAUUGCUGGUAUUAUCGGUGUAUCAUGUGUCUUUCCUUUGGAUUUGGUGAAAACUCGUUUACAAAAUCAACAAAUAGGACCAAAUGGCGAGAAAAUGUAUAAAAACAUGUUUGAUUGCUUCCGAAAGACAUAUCGAGCUGAAGGUUAUUUUGGCAUGUAUCGCGGUUCGGCUGUAAAUAUUUUAUUAAUUACACCCGAGAAAGCGAUUAAAUUAACCGCUAACGAUUACUUCCGGCAUAAGUUUACGACUUCAGAUGGCAAACUUCCAAUCAGUAGUCAAAUGCUUGCUGGCGGUUUAGCUGGUGCUUUUCAAAUUAUUGUUACCACUCCUAUGGAGUUAUUAAAAAUUCAAAUGCAAGACGCUGGACGUGUUGCGGCCCAAGCUAAACUAGCUGGUAAAGUUGUCGAAAAGGCCUCAGCUACAAAAAUAGCCCAACAAUUGCUUAGGGAGAAGGGUAUUAUUGGUUUAUACAAGGGUAUCGGAGCAACUGGUUUGCGAGAUGUUACAUUUUCGAUUGUCUACUUUCCCAUGUUUGCCAUGUGUAACGAAUUGGGACCACGGCGUAAAGAUAGUUCUGGCGAAGCAGUAUUUUGGUGGUCAUUUUUAUCAGGCUUAGCGUCCGGUUCAUUUGCAGCGCUAUUUGUCAAUCCUUUGGAUGUGAUAAAAACACGCUUGCAAGCUCUUAAAAAAGCGGAUGGUGAAAAGGAGUUCAAGGGCAUCACUGAUUGUAUAACAAAAACUAUGAAAUACGAAGGUCCCACCGCUUUCUUUAAAGGAGGUUUGUGUCGUAUGAUAGUUAUUGCUCCAUUAUUUGGCAUAGCACAGAUGGUUUACUUUUUGGGAGUGGCUGAAACGUUAAUGGGCAUCAAGACAAACCAGUACUAAAGCAAGUGAUAAAAGAUUUCCAGCAUUUUCUAUCUACUCUUUCAAAAGAUUCUUUCCUUCUUCUUCUUCGUAAAGUGAAGUGUGUACGUAAUUGUAGAAACUCUUGCCUAAGAUAAUUAUUGAUAAAUUCAAAUUAGUUUAAGUUCUAUAGUUGCUAUCAAGAGACAAACUUUGCAAAUUUUUUAGUGAUAUUAUAAUAAAAUAGUUUUCCGAGCCAUAGCGCGCAACUUUUGCCAUAAUAUCUAAAGGAGUAUUUAAAGUUUCCAAAAUAGUCUUUCUUUUUUUUUUUUGCCUCUUCCAAUUUAAACUAAACUCUGUAUGUAUGUAUUUUUAAAUAAUUUAAACAAAAGAAAAAAAAAAAACAAAACCGAAGGAAAUGCCUAAAAUAAUAAGUUGAAAAAGUCACAAAUUUUAUAAACCCAAAAUUGUUAAUCUUCUCCCUCAGUUUACAAAUAAUGCUACACACUAGUAAAUGAAAGUUAUUCUAAAAAUUUCUGCAAGUGCGUAGACGGAAGUGACAUUUGAACAAGGCGGAGCAUUUUUUAUUCAAUUCUUCAAGUGAACCUUAUCGAUGCCUUCGAUUAAGACACCGAAUCCAACGGUAAUAGUCUAGUAAUAAUGACUAAAAGCUUCGGAUAAGAUUCGAAUAAAGAUUGAAUUGAACCAAAAUGUAUCUUCCAGUUCGUAUAUUUUUGAGAAAUUACAAAAACAUCAAAUAUUUUAUAUGUAUAUGUAAUGUUUUUGUGAGAACCACUUAAGUUCAUAUUUCAUUUAACUAAUCAUUUUUAUAUUUGUAAACAUGUAUCGAAGCAUUGCUGCCAAAAAUUAUGGCCAUUUUUCUUCUUUUUUUUUUUUUUCAAUGAUUUACGAAACAAUUAAUGAUAAACAAAAAAA